AAUGUUAUUAAAAGAACAAUAAGAAUAUAAGUUAAAAGUAAUUGAGGAGAGAAUGGAGUAAUAUGAAACAAGUCUAUUGAAGAAGGUCAAUCACUUGGAAGAGAGAAUUAGGUCAUUCAAUCAAAAAUUUGAAAGAAUUGAUGAAUUAGGCGAAAGAGUUAAUGAUUUACAUUCAUUAUUUGAUAAACUCAAAGAAAAUUUUGAUACAAAAUUAAUGUUAUAAGAUGAUAAAAUUGCAAAAGCAAAUUUCAAUAUUAGUAAAUUAAAAUAGGAAGACAUAUAACAAUUAUACAAUUUCGUUAAAAAAGCUUUCAGUACUACAAAAGAUUUGUCUUUGGAAAUGUAAAAUAUAAAAACAAAAGACAUAAGAUAAUCUGAAGUUCUAUUCAAAUAGGAAUUGAAACAAUCUAAUAUUUUAGGAGAAAGAUUAUAAUCUCCUCUAUUGCAUUAGAGAAUGGAUAGUUAUUAAAAAAGUGAUAGAAUGAGAUCAAUAACAUUAGAGAAGGAUAAGGGUUAAGAACUUAAGGUAAAAUUUGAAAAUGAGGAUUUAGAAACAAACAAACCAAAUUCAAAGGGAAUUACAAAAAAUGAAACUCAAAAAUUGAUUGAUAAAUAUUAAUUCACUUUAUAAACAAAACUUCAAAAUGAAAGUAAAUGAUUAUAAUAUAAAAUUUAGAUAUUUAGAAGUUGAGUAAUGUAAAGAUUGAGGUUUAAAAUACUGAAUAGAGUAAGAUACUGACUUAAUAACAAUAAUCAUUACUUGAAAGAACUAUAUCUUAAGAUCAUAUUCCUAGAUCGAAAUACUUGAAUAGUACCAAUCAAAUAAAAGAAUAAUUGAAAAACUUAAGGAAAUGA